AUGGCUGAUAUUAAGUCAAUGUUCAAUAAAAUGAGCAAUGGCACUCAAAAUGGUACAUCCGAGGCCUCCAAGGGUCAGAAGGGCGCUAUUGAAAAAAUAUAUCAGAAGAAAUCUCAAUUGGAACAUAUACUGCUUCGACCCGACACUUACAUUGGGUCGGUUGAACGUUCCACAGAAACUAUGUGGGUCUACGAUAAAGAGAAAGAGUGUAUGGUCCAACGAGAAUUGACAUAUGUACCAGGUUUAUAUAAAAUAUAUGACGAAAUAUUAGUGAAUGCUGCCGAUAAUAAGCAAAGGGAUCCCAAAAUGGAUGUCAUUAAAAUAGACAUUAAUCAGGAACAAAAUACUAUAUCAGUAUAUAACAAUGGAUGCGGGAUUCCUGUGGUUAUGCAUAAAGAUGAGAAGAUGUUUGUGCCGACCAUGAUCUUUGGACAUUUACUGACAUCUUCCAACUAUAAUGACGAGGAAGAAAAAGUGACAGGAGGAAGAAAUGGUUACGGAGCAAAAUUAUGUAACAUCUUCUCAACAAAGUUCACAGUGGAGACCGCUUCCAAACAAUACAAGAAACAUUUCAAACAGACGUGGGGCUCCAACAUGACAAAGGCCUCCGAACCCAAGGUUAAAGAGUCCGGUAAAGAUGACGAUUUCACAAAAGUGACCUUUAGCCCAGACUUGGCUAAAUUUAAAAUGGAUAAAUUAGAAGACGACAUCGUAGCGCUCAUGUCACGGAGAGCCUACGACGUAGCCGCCUCUACGACGGGGGUCAAAGUAUAUCUUAAUGGAGAAAGAUUGAAAAUUAAUAAGUUCAAGGACUAUAUUGAUCUAUAUAUUAAAGGCAAAGAAGACGAGAACGGUCAACCUUUGAAGGUUGUAUAUGAGAAAGUUAAUGAUCGGUGGGAAGUUGCCCUGACUUUGUCCGAUAGGGGCUUCCAACAGGUAUCCUUCGUUAACUCCAUCGCUACUACGAAGGGAGGGAAACACGUGGACACAGUAGCCGACAGUGUGGUCAAGAAUGUGUUAGAAGUACUGAAGAAAAAAAACAAAGGCGGAGUUAACAUUAAACCGUUCCAGGUUAAAACUCACAUGUGGGUAUUCAUCAACUGUCUGAUCGUCAACCCGACCUUCGACUCGCAGACCAAAGAAAACAUGACUCUGCAGGCCAAGAGUUUCGGUUCCAAAUGUAAUUUCUCCGAGAAGUUUAUAAAUGCUGUUACAAAAUCCGGUUUAGUAGAAUCUGUCCUCACAUGGGCUAAAUUUAAGGCGCAGAAUGAAUUAGUUAAGGCGUCCGGUAAGAAACAGAGUAAAUUAAAGGGCAUACCGAAACUAGAAGACGCUAACGACGCCGGUACCAAGAACGCUCAUCUAUGCACGUUAAUUCUCACCGAGGGAGAUUCGGCUAAAACUUUGGCCGUUUCUGGACUCAGUGUAGUGGGUAGAGAUCAUUACGGCGUCUUUCCACUGAAGGGCAAACCGCUCAACGUUAGAGACGCAUCACACAAGCAGGUUCUUGAAAAUGUUGAAAUUAAUAAUCUAAUUAAGAUCGUGGGCUUACAAUACAAAAAGAAAUAUAACACUAUCGAUGAUUUAAAGUCGUUGAGAUACGGCAAGGUUAUGAUAAUGGCGGAUCAGGAUCAAGACGGGUCACAUAUAAAAGGUCUCAUCAUCAACUUCAUACACCACAACUGGCCGGAGUUACUCAAGCUACCCUUCCUAGAAGAAUUCAUUACGCCCAUAGUGAAGGCUACGAAGAAAGAUAAGGAAUUCUCGUUCUAUUCGCUGCCGGAGUUCGAAGAGUGGAAGAGGGAAACCGACAACCAUCACACUUAUAAUAUCAAAUACUACAAAGGUUUGGGUACCUCCACGUCAAAGGAGGCUAAAGAAUACUUCCAGAAUAUGGAAAGGCAUAGGAUAAGAUUCAGAUACAGCGGGCCUACUGACGACCAUCACAUAGAACUGGCCUUCUCAAAGAAAGGAGCCGACCAACGGAAGGAGUGGCUCACGAACCAUAUGGAGGAAGUUAAAAGGAGGAAAGAAAUCGGUCUGCCGGAGAGAUAUUUGUAUACAAAGGAAAUCAAGGCCGUCACUUAUUCAGAUUUCGUUAAUUUAGAACUGGUUCUGUUUUCUAACGGCGACAAUGUCAGAUCGAUACCAUCAAUGAUGGACGGUUUGAAGCCUGGCCAGCGUAAAGUGAUAUUCACGUGCAUCAAACGUAACGACAAACGUGAGGUCAAAGUGGCUCAGCUGGCUGGUUCAGUAGCAGAGCACUCGGCGUACCAUCACGGUGAGCAAUCUCUGGCUAUGACGAUCGUGAACUUGGCCCAGAACUACGUCGGAUCGAACAACAUAAACCUUCUCGAGCCGCGCGGUCAGUUCGGUACUAGGCUGUGUGGCGGCAAGGACUCGGCCAGCCCGAGAUACAUCUUCACACUCAUGUCGCCACUCACAAGACUCGUUUUCCAUCCUCAUGACGAUCCGCUGCUAGUGCACGAAUUCGAAGACAAUCAGAAGAUCGAACCCAUACAUUACGUACCGAUUCUACCGAUGGUGCUAGUUAACGGCGCGGAGGGAAUCGGAACAGGGUGGUCUACUAAGAUACCUAACUACAACCCUAGAGAUAUUGUAGCUAACAUACGUCGAAUGCUUGACGGCGAAGAUCCAGUGCCAAUGCAUCCCUGGUACAAGAACUUCCGUGGAACUAUCGAGAGCUUCGGCGACAAAUACGUAAUUUCCGGCGAGGCGGCCAUAUUGCCAAACGAAAAGAUUGAAAUAACAGAGCUUCCUGUUGGCACGUGGACGCAAAAUUAUAAAGAGAACGUUCUAGAGCCUAUGCUCGGUACAGACAAAGUUAAACCUUUGAUAUCUGAAUACAGGGAAUAUAACACGGAUACUACAGUUCGUUUCGUAGUGACGCUACUCCCGGGCAAGUUGGCCGAGGUUGAGGCGGAGGGCAUACACAAAGUGUUCAAACUACAAACGACCAUCUCAAUGACGUGCAUGAACGCAUUCGAUCAUAACAACUGUCUUAAGAAGUAUGAUAAAGUAGAGGAAGUAUUACACGAGUUCUACGGUAUACGUUUACGUUACUACGCGCGUCGUAAGGAGUGGCUUGAAGGACAGUUGCAGGCAGAGGCAGACAAGCUGUCCAACCAGGCGCGGUUCAUAUUGGAGAAGUGUGACAAGGGACUUGUGGUGGAGAAUAAGAAAAGGAAGGUGCUCGUUGAAGAACUUAUCAAGAGAGGUUACGCGCCCGAUCCUAUCGCUGAUUGGAAGAAGCGAGCUAGUAAGAUGCAAGGACUGACCGCUGUUGAAGAAGAACCGGAGUCUGAAGAAGAAAUAGAACCUGAAGAAGUGAAGGGGAAAGCAGCUGACCCUGAAAAAGUAUUCCAACAAUUAAAAGAAGUAAAGAAGUUCAAUUAUCUCCUGGGAAUGUCGAUGUGGAUGUUGACUAAGGAAAAGAAAGACGAGCUACUGAAACAGAGAGAUCAAAAACUGACGGAGUUGGAAACAUUGAAAGCUAAAACUCCGGCUAUGUUAUGGCGAGAGGACUUGGAUUCAUUCCUCAUUAAAUUAGACGAAGUCGAGGAACAAGAACGACUUGACGAAAGUAACACCAACAAGAAAACAUCUAAAGCAUUGGCCGCAAACAAAAAGAAUCGCAAGUCUCUAAUGGAUAUAGUUCCCUCUGAUAACGGGAGACGAGUGGAGCCGAAGAUAUCAGAAGACUUGAUCAAGAGAAUACAAGCGGCUGAGAAGGCGAAGAUUAAGAAGGAAGUGAAGAAGGAAUACGACCCGGAUGAUCCGACCGGUGUUAGUCCAGCCAGCGGAGAAAAGAAACCCAAAGGACGAGCGAAGAAGGAAAAACAGGAGAAAACAGAGAAAACAGAUAAAGAGGGACUCAAACAAACUAAGUUAACGUUCAAGAAGGAACCUAAGAAGAAGAAGGCAGUUCUCAGUAAUGACAGUUCGGACGAAAUGUCGGUGACUUCAGACGUGGAGAUGACUAGCGCGCCCGCGCCCAGGGAGAGAACCGUCGUGAGGAGAGCUGCUACUAAGGUACAAAAGUACAAGGAUGGUUCAGACGAGUCUUCUGACUCAGAACCGGAGUUGUUGGACAACAAGAUAGACUCUGACAGAGACGAGCCUGAACCGAUGACUGAUGAUGACUUACAUGUGAAGAAGAAUAAUAAGAAACCCGCUGAAAUGGACUCCGAUUGUCUAUUCGAUUCGUUGAUCGAAGACACUAAAAAGGAAGAAUCCGCCAAAAGUAAUGAGCCUAUAGUAACGACGGUACUGUCGAGUGACGAAGAAACUGUUCAAGAAACAGCUCCCAAGAAAAAACAGAUCAAGAGGAAGUUGAUGAAUGUUGAGAAAGAUAAACCUAAAGCGAGGAAGAGACCUGCUAAAGUGGUGUUGAGUCAAAGUACUGACGGGGAGGAGGAUGUGUUUGAGACUAAGAAGACAAAGAAGAAGGCUAACCCGAAGAAAAAACAAAAGAAAGCCGACUCAGACAGCUCGAGUGAAGAAGUGACGCGCGGCAGAAAUAGGGACAAGGUGUACCGGUUCAGCGACGGAUCAGACAGCGAUCUAUAA